AUAGCAGCUCCCGUGGCAAACCUAGUGCCCAGUCAGAAGGAGCGCUGCAGGCUAGAGGACCCACCCAGAGAGGUGGCGGCGUGUGUCAAUGUCAGCUGAUAGGAUCCCUACAGGGUCCCCUCAUCCAAGCUCUUGGAACGCGCAGGCCGUGGCCAGCUGUAGGAUUCUUGUGUGUCCCAGCUAAGGAGCACUAUGGAGGAGCUUCAUCAGGAGGCUGGGAAAGAGAGCAAGCCUUCCUCCAUGCCGGUGGAUCUGCAGGGAGAGAGCUCCUUACAGGUGGAGAUUUCUGAUGCAGUGAGUGAGCGGGACAAGGUGAAGUUCACUGUUCAAACCAAGAGUGGCCUCCCUCACUUUGCCCAGCCUGAGUUCUCGGUGGUUCGGCAGCACGAGGAAUUCAUCUGGCUACAUGACACCUAUGUGGAAAACGAGGAGUACGCCGGCCUUAUCAUUCCCCCAGCCCCUCCCAGGCCAGACUUCGAGGCUUCAAGGGAAAAGCUGCAGAAGUUGGGUGAGGGCGACAGCUCCAUCACCCGGGAAGAGUUUGCCAAGAUGAAGCAGGAGCUAGAAGCGGAGUACUUGGCCAUCUUUAAGAAGACGGUUGCAAUGCAUGAAGUCUUCCUGCAGCGCCUGGCAGCCCAUCCCACCCUGCGGCAGGAUCACAACUUCUCUGUCUUCUUGGAAUACAGCCAGGAUCUGAGUGUUCGAGAGAAGAACAGAAAGGAGGUCCUGGGAGGGUUCCUGAGGAGCAUCGUCAGAUCUGCAGACGAAGUCCUCAUCACUGGCAUAUCGGGGCUCAAGGAGGUAGAUGACUUCUUUGAGCACGAGAGGACCUUCCUAGUAGAAUACCACACCCGAAUCCGAGACACCUGCCACAGGGCCGACCGUGUCAUGCUCUCCCACAAGUGCCUGGCAGAUGACUAUAUACCUCUGUCUGCUGCACUGAGCAGUCUUGGAACCCGGGAAGUCAGCCAGCUGAAGAGGAGCUUCCUGAAGCUGGCAGAGCUCUUUGAACGACUGAGGAAGCUGGAAGGCCGGGUAGCCUCUGAUGAGGACCUGAAGCUGUCUGACAUGCUGAGAUACUACAUGCGAGACUCACAAGCAGCCAAGGACCUGCUGUACAGGCGGCUUCGGGCACUGGCCGACUAUGAGAACGCUAACAAAGCGCUGGACAAAGCUCGUACAAGGAACCGGGAAGUGCGACCAGCGGAGAGCCACCAACAGCUGUGUUGCCAGCGCUUUGAGCGCCUCUCUGACUCUGCCAAGCAGGAGCUCAUGGACUUCAAGUCCCGCCGCGUCUCCUCUUUCCGUAAGAAUCUCAUUGAGUUGGCAGAGCUGGAGCUCAAGCAUGCCAAGGUGAGCACUCACGGGCCCCUCCUGACUCGUGCUGCUCCCAUCUUCUUCCCAGUGUAUGCAUAGUCAGGCCCAGGGUCAAGGUAAUGCCUCCUCUCCUGGGGCCAGUAUUUUUUUUCAUUGGGUACUAGGAAGGGGGCCUGCAGGCUGAGCAGUAGAUACAAUAGCAGCCCUCAGAGAACUCUAAGGGCUUUUCUUCUCCAGGCCAGCACCCUGCUUCUCCGAAACGCCCUUGUUGCCCUUAAGGGAGAGCCUUAGUGAAAUCAAAUGCUCCUCUGAAACCUUCAGCGGCAUCCUCACCUCCUACCCUCCCCAGAGAUGCCCCUCUACCAAAGCUGCCACUAGCCACACGCCCACAGCAGAAUGCAUUUUUCCUUGCCCCAACCAAGGCCCAAAGGUGGUUGUUCCCCACUCCUACCUGGGCAGGGCAGCAUGGGGGAACACACUUGGCCACAGGUAAGCCGUUUCCAGGGACCCUAGCCCUCCCCACAGCAGGCUGAGUCAAAUUAUCCACCCCUUCCCACUUCUGGCUUUUGAAUUCCAAAUAAAGAGCCUGGUUUUAUAUA